UGGAGUCCCACACUUCGCCCUCUCUCUUCUCCUCGCAAAAAAAGCGCACUAAAUGUAACAACAACUCUGCACGCGCUUCUUCUUCUUCUCGAGUUUUUACGCACAUCUGCGCUCUGCUGUCGGCACGUUUUUGUUUGUUUUUAUCGGCAGUGCUCAUGGUGUUGUUGGUCCGGCGCUGGUUGGACACUGACACAAACUGUGAGGAAGAGGAGAAAGACAGGCAAGAGGAAAAACUCUGGCAGCGCCGUUUUGGAGUUGGAGUUGCAGCGUAAAAAAAAAAAAAAAAAAGAAGAAGAAAAAAAAAAAAAGAGUCCGAGGCAACUCCAGAAGCACAUCUGCAACUUAGGAAGAGAAGAAGACAAAGACACUAGAAAAAUAUUUGUUUUCCCCUCUUAAGUGAAGACAAAAAGUGCGAAUCAGAGGGGGAGUCACCCAGGAAGAAUUAUCCCGUCUCCAUGAGGUGUUGAGGAAUGAAAAAUCGCCAUGGAAACCCAGUCCCAGGCCAAUUCAGCAGCUGAGAAGAAGAAGAGGGUGGAGACCAUUGUGGCAACCAAGGGCUCGUCAGUGCGCAAUGACAUCAGCGAGAAGGCGGUGGCCUCCAGCACCACCUCAAACGAGGACGAGAGUUCAGGCACGCCUUACCACCGCGAGAGACGCAAUGCCAUCAGCUCCCAGGCCCCGACGCCCACAAGGACCAUAAGCGAGGAGCCGUCCACCUCCACAGAAGACCGCCCCUCGCUGCUGAAAAAGGAGCUGCAUAGUUCCAUCCCUCACCUGUCUGACCAUGCCCUGCCGUACAGAGGCACGCUGUUCACGAUGGAUCCUCGCAACGGCUACCUAGACUCGCACUAUCAUGCACCACAGUUCUUCCCGACCUUCCAUCCACCCGUGCCAAUCGAUGACAGACAUACGCAGGGGCGUUACAUCUACGAGCCUUCCCCCGUGCCCCCUCUUCACGUACCUCCUUCACUGGCGGGCAGUCCAGCUUUCUCCGACAUCUCCCUCAUCCGGAUCUCGCCCCAGCGGAACCCCUCUGUGGGGGCCGAGUCGCCCUUUCACCCUCCGCACCCCUACAUCAACCCGUACAUGGACUACAUCCGCUCGCUCCACAGCAGCCCCUCCAUCUCGGUUCUGUCGGCCACCCGGGGCCUCAGCCCUGCAGAUGCCCCUCACACAGGCCUAACCACAGCAGAGUACUACCACCAGAUGGCUCUGCUCGCAGGCCACCGUAGCCCCUACGCCACCGACCUGCUCCCCUCUGUGGCGUCCACAGCCGGCGCCAGCAGUGCCAGCGCCCUGCACAUGGAGUACCUGCAGGCCAUGGAGAAUUCUCGUUUCUCGAGCCCGAGGCUGCCAUCGCGGCCCAGCAGGAAGCGCCCUCUGCCCAUCUCGCCGCUCUCCGAGCACAGCUUCGACCUGCAGACCAUGAUACGAAACUCACCCAACUCCCUCGUCACCAUGCUCAACAACUCCCGCUCCAGCUCCUCCACCAGCGGCUCCUACGGCCACCUCUCUGCCGGCGCCAUCAGCCCAGCAUUAAGCUUCGCCUACCCACCAACGCCUGUGGCUCUGCACGUGCACCAGCAGCUCAUGGGCCGCCAACCGGGCCUCGUGGGCUCUGCUUUCGGCCACAGCCCGCCCCUCAUCCACCCAUCACCGGCCUUUGCCACCCAGAGGCCCGUACCCGGCAUCCCCCCCUCGGGGCUCAGCGCCAGCGAGCGCUCGACCCUCUCCAACGACUCUUCACAGACCAAACCAACAAGUGAAUCUGCAGUGAGCAGCACAGGAGACCCCAUGCACCACAAACGCUCCAAAAUGAAACCAGAGGAAGAUCUGCCGAGCCCAGGAGCAGUGAGCGUACAGGACCAUCCUGAUGGGAUGACCCUGGUGAAAGAGGAAGGGGACAAGGAUGAGAACAAACAGGAGCCGGAGGUGGUUUACGAGACAAACUGCCAUUGGGAGAACUGCUGCCGCGAGUUUGACACGCAGGAGCAGCUCGUACAACACAUCAACAAUGACCACAUCCACGGGGAGAAGAAGGAGUUUGUUUGUCGAUGGGAGGAAUGCUCUCGAGAGCAGAAGCCCUUCAAGGCUCAAUACAUGCUGGUGGUCCACAUGCGCAGACAUACUGGGGAAAAACCCCACAAGUGCACGUUUGAGGGCUGUGCCAAGGCCUACUCCCGUCUGGAAAACCUUAAGACUCAUUUACGUUCCCACACCGGAGAAAAACCUUACGUGUGUGAGCACGAAGGCUGCAACAAGGCCUUUUCUAACGCUUCAGAUCGGGCCAAGCAUCAGAACCGCACACACUCAAAUGAGAAACCGUAUGUGUGCAAAAUCCCAGGCUGCACCAAACGCUACACGGACCCCAGCUCCUUACGCAAGCAUGUGAAGACGGUUCACGGACCAGAGGCGCACGUUACAAAGAAGCAGCGUGGAGAUUACCCGCGCCCUCCGCCCCAACACAAGGAGCCUGGGGGCAACAGCCAGGGACGGUCCCCAGGGCACCUGCCCCUGGGUGGGUAUACGGACCAAAGGGAGUACAACCAUGCUACCUCAAAACAGGAUGAAUGUCUGCAGGUCAAGUCCAUCAAGACAGAGAAGCCUAUGGCGUCUCAGCCAAGCCCUGGCGGUGAGUCUACAUGCAGCAGUGACCAGUCCCCCUUCAGCACCUAUCCCAGCAGUGGAGUCCAGCUUGCUGUGAGCGCCGGACGCUCACCAAGGGAGGGGCUGGAGGAGAACGAGGAGAAAGAGGAAAAAGAAGUGGAGGCAGAGGAGGAGUGUGAGGGUGAGCCGGCCCCCAUUAUGGACUCCACAGUCUCCACGGCAACAACAGCCAUGCUGACCCUGCAGGCAAGGCGAAGUGUUGGCCGUCCCGUGCGCUGGAUGGAGCAUAUCAAGAUGGAAAGGCUGAAGCAGGUGAAUGGAGGGCUGCCCAGGCCAGGGACCCUGUCCCCUACACCCCCUCCAAAAGGCUCCACACUACCUACCAUCUUGGGGAAGGGAUCCUGUCUGGGCAGGCAGUGGGGGGUGUCUGCUCCUCAGCCACCUGCUCAUGCUGAGCUGGGCAGCACAGAGCUAACAGUGCUUAAUUUGCUUCGGGACCGACGUGACAGCAGCGGUAGCGCCACCAGUUCAGCCUACCUGAGCAGCAGUCGUCGCUCCUCGGGCAUCUCCCCCUGCUUCUCCAGUCGACGCUCCAGCCAGGCUUCCCAAAAUGAGGGCAUGAUGGCAGCCACCCAACAUCGUCGCCGCCACAACCUUAGCUCCACUGACUCUUACGACCCCAUCUCCACUGAUGCCUCCCGCCGGUCCAGUGAGGCAAGCCACUAUGGUGGUAGCGUCGGUGGAGGGUUUGGAGGGAUACCUCUAGCUGGGAGCUGUGGCGGUCUAGGGGGAGUAGGUAUAGGAGGAGGAGGGUCACAGGGGAUGCUCACUUUAACCCCAGCACAGCACUACCACCUGAAAGCCAAGUACGCAGCAGCAACUGGUGGCCCACCUCCCACGCCUCUACCCAACAUGGAGCGCAUGAGCUUGAAGACUCGCAUGGCCAUGAUGGAUGACGGUGGUAGCAACCAUUCUUUACCACCUCUUGUUAGACCGCAUCGCUGCAGUGAUGGCAUCAACGGGUACACCAAUGGGUAUAUGGGACAUUCAGGUUACAGGAGAAGGGUUCUCUUACCUGGUGAGGGGCCACUGAAUGGGAACCGGAGGGCUAGUGACCCGGUGCGAACGCAGGCUCCUGAUUGUUGCAGUCUGCCCCCAGUGCAACGCUUCAACAGCCUUAACAACCUCCACCCUCUUCCACCUCUGUCUCAAUAUUCGACGCCAGAAACUCGCAACUUCAGCCUUCAGAACUACACCCGCUCUGAGGGCAACCUGCAAAGAGGUCUUCAGCACUCACCCUACACUCCUAGCAUCGCAGAACACUCAGCCUUAGAAGCCCUGGCCAUGGAGGAUGAGGGGGAGGCUGGUCUUUUGCUUGGGGAUGAGGAUAUGCUACCAGAUGACCUGGUGCAGUAUCUCCACUCCCAUGUUCAGGUGGAUGGCGGCUCCUACAUGAACGUUGAGGACCAAAUAGUUUCUAGCCAAAGGGAAAACUCCCAUCCAUCUAUGGAGGAGAUAGAACAGAUCCAGAAUGGGUUGAAUAUGGCAUUAUCUGGUUCCCACUGUCUCCAACAGCAGCAGAUGGUCGAGCGGAGGAGCCCGAGUAAGCUUCCAAUCCAGUGGAAUGAAGUGAGCUCUGGGAGUGCCGACAGGUCUCCUCAGAGGGAACAAAACCACCAGACACAGUGUGGAAGGUGGUCAGGUACCGAACAUGGACCGACAGCUGCACCUUUUGGAAGGUUUGGAAACAUGGUUGUCCAGCAGCAAGUGCCCCUUGAUCUUCAGAACAGUUGCGCCCAGGCUAAUCAGUCUCAAAGUUCUUGUUGUGUCAACCCUGGAGUGAAGCUAGAGACAUCACCCAGGUCCUGCAUGGAGAUGCGAGGUACUGGUCAAAACCCUACAAACCCCUUUGGAAGGCCAAACUUUGCACAGAUCAACAAUGGGCCCCUGCAUGAAUUAAAACAGCAGGCCUCUCAUGGACCUCGAAAACAGAGCCACUUCCUACCAAACCACAACAGCAGCACCUCUUGCCAGAUUGGGAACAAUCUAGUUCUUACCAGAGCCUCUAUGGACCACCUACCCAGUCUCUCCCAGGGAACUGCUCCUCUUCACAAUCGGCAGGUCCAUGUCCCUCGCCCACCAAACACUCACAGGAACUUGGUCAGAGCCCAGCAGUGUCUCAGUCUAGAGAACUCUGGUGAAAUCCAGGGUUGUCUGAACCAGCAGCAACAAUUGCAGAGAAGUGGUGACCAUUGCUCCCUUGCAUAUCAGGUAUCUGGGCUGAAACUGGAGGCCCCAGACCAUGGAUACCAAGAGCAGGGCUUUGGCGACUGCCUUUCCUAUGAACCAGUGGAUCACAAGGCCUCCUCGUACCCUGUUCUGGAAGACCAGUGCUUACUGGACUCAAUGGCUGAGACCGUUGGACAAGGUAGUAGCAGUGGAAGCGGGAACUCUGUUGCCCUUCUCUCUCCUGGUGCAGACCAGGUAACAAGCACGGUGGAUGGCACUGUCCCUGGUGUAUUAGAUGAGGGGGUUAGUCUGGACUUUAGUGCCAUGCUAGAGGAUGGCUUCGACCAAGGUAGCCUGGUCUCUGGGGUGCUGAGUCCCUCCAUCUUCCAGGGUCUGUCCAGAACUUCAUCACGCCUGACUACACCUCGAGCAUCUGCAACCUUCCAUAGUGUGGCCCCUGGCCUAAACAACAUGGCCAUUGGAGACAUGAGCUCUCUCCUCACCACACUUGCCGAGGAGAGCAAGUUCCUGGCGAUCAUGCAGUAGCUGCUCUCUCUCUCUUUCAACUUUCUCCUCCCUUCAGAAAAAAAAGAGAAAACUCUGGUGUAUGUGAAGAUUAAGACCAAAGUGUCAAUUAUGAGAACUAUAUUAUGUACUUAGUGUUGUGAAACAGGCGGUUGCCAAGUCUGUUAAUUUUGUAAAAAAAAAAAAUUCAUCCCACUCAGAAAUGGGAUGUGUCAAAAUAAUGUACAGAUACAUAGUUGUAUUCCUUUUCUGGAAUGUAGGCUAUUUUUGGAAGCUCUUCUCUUUGUAAAACUUUGAAAUGUUGAGCUAAAGCUCACUUCCUUGAAACAGUAUUCUGUGUAUUGUCACUGUUUUUGCUAUACACACUGAUGGUCAAAAUGCAUGUAUUCAAGGUAAUGGAAAUCAUCAAUAUAAGUACAUCUACUCUAGCCCAUACACCAAGUAUCACCCGUUCUGGUCCCAGAGGUUCAAAUCUAUUCUCCUUAAAGCAGGUCAGACAUAACCCUAACUCUGAUGAUAUCUUUAUACAUCAUACGUUUUAAAAAGUGGUGGAAUCUGUUGUCAUUUAGUUUGUAUGUUAAUUUUGUGAAUCUGUAAAUGUUACAGUGUUCUACCAGGUUUUACCAAGUGGUGUUUUAGUAACUACAGUAUGGCAUCGAGUCCAAAAAAUGAACACAUCACACAAGACUCGGAGGCAGCCACAGUUGUCUUCUUCAUAUCUAAAAUGGCUCAAUUUAGUUAGUCUGCUGAGGUACUCACACGUGUAUAUAACAGUGUUUUUUAUAAUCUGUUUGUGAUAAUCCUGUUAUUGACGUUGGAUUGCACGGUUGCUGGAGUUGAUACAAUGAACGGACAUUGGUGAUCAAAGGUCCCAUUCGGUGCUUUAUGUAUGCUUACAUAAAUAGAUAUUUGUACUUCAUGUUUUUAAUCUGUCUUAAUGGCCGUCAGUGGUCCAUAGCACAUGGUUUUCCCUCUCAUGAUUAUAAAUGUAAAGUGGUGUUUUUCUCCAAUAGGAAAUCAUCUGUGUUCUCUCCAAAGCUCUUAAAUUCAGAAUGUGUACUGCCAUCGAGUAUUGCAGUGAUUUUGUCAAAACAGUGUUAGUAUUGCCUUGCAGUCUUCUUUGACUGAACACAGAAUAUUGAGUAGUUUACCUUUUAUUCAGCGUCAAAGCAAUGAGGUACAAAUGGUUUUCUUGUUCUUUGGUACUUUUGUCAUUUUUGUAGCUGUGCAUUGAUGUUUUUUUGUUUUGUUUUUGUUUUCAAAAAGUAGAAAUCAUUUCCUUUUGAAGGAAGGAAAUUACAUUGAGGUAUGUGCCUUAUAAGUAUCUGCCUGACGGUAAAGAGAAAGAUCACUGCCAAUCUUCCAUUGUGAAUUAUGAAAAAGAGAAACAUUUUAAGUGUCUUUUAAGACCGGGGGAAAAAAAGAGAAAAUGAUAGAAAAUUUAUAUAAGAAAAGUCUGAAUAUGAGAAAAGUUAAGAUUUGCGAAAUGCAUUCUACUUUUCUUUGAUUUUUUUUUCAUUUUCACAUUAAUUGUGCUUUUUAUAUAUAUUGUGUAAAUACAAUACUCUUUCUGUAGGUUUAGCAGAGGACAGGGGAAGUAAUCCUGGGGCCAAUAAAGAAUAGACUUUGAAAGCAGGGACUCCCAGGCCCUGGGUAGAGGGCCAUGCAGAUCUGGCUCAGUGCAGAGCUUUCAGGGCCCCGCACUGCCCUCCGCCCGAAGAGCCGCUUUGCUCUUUUAUAACUGACUACAAAUGUUUGUAUGGUUUUAAUAAAAAUGGAAAUUAUAUUUCAA